AUAGAGAUGCUAAACAAUGAAGUAACACCACCACCGCAGGAAGUGAGAGAGUGGCAAAGGAAAAACAAAAGACAAAAGAAAGAACAAGAGGAGCAAAGAGAAUUCAGGAAAACAGAGAGAAGAAGAAGAAAGACAAAGCAUCCACACAAGGGCACACUUGUGAAGAACAAAACAGAGCAAAAAAAAGAGAGAGAAAGGGAGAGAGAGAGAGAGAGAGACUGACAAAGAUCCAGAAGUAAGGAGGGGCAAGACCGGCAGUAAGUAUGCAGCAUUUAAGAUGCACAUAUUUACUCUGCAUUAAACAGAGCACACGCUGGGCUUCCCUCACUUUCUGAAGACCACCAACAGGAGAAAGAUCCACUGAGGAGGAAAAAAGAAAGUCGCCUGCAGGAGAACGAAACAGCCACCUGAGCUGAGAAGCACUUAGAGAAGCCUACCUGCUGCUCCGACCGAUAACCAGCCAUCAAGAUGCUGCAGCAGAUUCUCCAAGAUAUGUACAUCGAGCCUGAUCUGCUGGGAGAGCUGAACGAGGAGCAGAAGCAGAUUCUGUUCUACAAGAUCCGUGAGGAACAGGUGCGCCGCUGGAACGAGAGGGAGAGCAGAGAUCCCAUCCCAAACAUUCGCAGGAGAAGCGGUCGGCGAGGGAUCCGUUGGCUCCUGGGCUCAGAUGCUGAGGUGUGGGUGUGGGUGAUGGGGGAGGCCCCCGGAGACAAGCCAUAUGAGGAGAUUGUGGAGGAGCUGAUGGAGGAGAGAGCCAGGAAGCAGGCCCAGAGAGAAGCUCAGGAGCUCCGGCGUGUGAAGGAAGCAGAGAUUGAAAAGAAGUUCCGAGAUGCCAUGGCGAAGGAGAAGGCUCGCUUUGUGGCAGAGAAAUGGAGGGAGGAGACAGAUGACAGAAAGGCAGCCAAGCAAGAGGAGGAAGAGGAGGAUCGCAUACGAGAGGAGCUGAAGAAAUGUGAGGAAGAAGAGCGGCAGAGAGGAGAGGAGGAAAUCCGGCAAAUGGAGGAGAGGCGAGCGAAGGAGCUGUACAUCUCUCUGAAGCAGGAGGAGAAGAGGGGCGACCGGGAUGACAAAGAGUGGCAGGAACAAUUGCAGCGCUCCAAAGCGGCCGACGAGGAGAUGAAGUGCAAAGCUCGGCGUGCCAGAGAUGAGUACAAACGCCAGUCCCUGAGAGCGAUUGAGAAGGGCCUGGUGGCCGGCCUCAGCGGACUCUUCCAGAAGACCCAUCUGAACGGCUCGAGUCAGAACCGGCGCCACAGCGGCGUCAUCGAGCAGUCUGCCGCUCUGACUGAGGCCAGCCAAUCGCCGGCCUCUACAGGAAGUGCAGCCGCUCCAGCCCAUAACCGCCGCAGACAGAACCGCAGAUACAGCAGCCCUGUUACACAGUCCAUAACGGAGGGUCCAGUGUGGAUUCGUCCAGCCAGGCCAACCAGUCGUGAAUCCAUCCUCCGCUGGUUUAAGGAGGAGCAGAGGCCCAGAAGGGCUGGAUACGAGCGGAUUAGCAACACUAUCGCUCCCUGGUUCCAUGGUAUAAUUUCACGGCAGGAAUCAGAGGCUCUGCUGAUGAACGCGUCAGAAGGCUCUUUCCUUGUAAGAGUGAGCGAGAGAAUUUGGGGGUACACCCUGUCCUACCGCACAGCCUCCGGCUUCAAACAUUUCCUCAUCGACGCCUCAGGCGAUUACUACAGCUUCCUGGGGGUGGACCAGAACCGCCAUGCCACGCUAGCUGACCUCAUCGACUUCCACAAGGAGGAAGUGAUAACCACAUCUGGAGGAGAGCUGCUGCAGGAAUCGUGCAGGCUGAAGGGCUCCAGUCCAGAUUAUGGGGGGCUUUUUCAGUGAGGCCUCUCCUAAUCUUCAUUAUCUCUCAAGACGUUGACCUUAGCCUUCUUUUAACAGUAGUUAAAUUAAUGAUUUAGCAACAAUACAUUUCCACAAUUUCCUUUAGAAAUCCAUUAGCAUGUUUGAAAGCAUAUCUGAGAGCUUUGCUUCACAAGCUUAGCAGUAAUGCCACACAGCUAAUGUUCACUAUAUGUCCAAAUGUUUGCAUAGAUUGUUAACACAGAGGUGCAAAUACAUGAACACAGCUUGUCUAAUCCUAGUCUUUGUCUAGGGUAGAGGGGUAUAAAACCUAUAAUAUAUAUAAAGGCCCCCUGAAAAUUAAGCUGUGGAGCAAUGGAUCUCUGAGUUGGGGAGAGGUGGGGUAUGUGGUGAUCAUCAUAUAUCCUUACCUUAUUGACACUGCUGAAUUUCUGACACUGCUAGUUGCUGAAUGUGAUCAAAUCCUCAAAUGUUUCCUGAGACAGUGGAAUAUCUUCAACAAAAGAAGGUAAACAGUAUUUAUUUAUUACUUGAUAUUCAUUAUUUCAAAAGAAACAAUGAAUUAUCAGGUUGCCCAAUACGUUUGACCAUAUUGUUCGGUUAGCAAGUACUGUAUGCUCAUUUCCCCAUGUCCCAUAAAAGCUCAAGAAAACAGCAAUGACCUGCAGGAUAUACAGCUCUGGAAUAAAAUUAGAGAGCCUUUCGGUUUCUGAAUCAGUUUCUCUGAUUUUGCUAUUUAUAGGUAUAUGUUUGAGUAAAAUGAACAUUGUUGUGUUAUUCUAUAAACUACGGACAACAUUUCUCCCAAAUUCCAAAUAAAAUUAUAGUCAUUUAGAACAUUUAUUUGCAGAAAAUGAGAAAUGUCUGAAAUAACAAAAAAGAUGCAGAGCUUUCAGAUCUCAAAUAAUGCAAAGAAAACAAGUUAAUAUUCAUAAAGUUUUAAGAAUUCAGAAAUCAGUAUUUGAUGGAAUAAUCACAUUUUUCAUGCAUCUUGGCAUGUUCUCCUCCACCAGUCUUGCACUCUGCUUUUGGAUAACUUUAUGCCUUUACGCCUGGUGCAAAAAUCCAGCUUGAUGGCAUGUGAUCAUCCAUCUUUCUCUUGAAUAUAGUCCAGAGGUUUUCAAUUUGGUAAAAUCAAAAAAACUUAUCACUUUUAAGUGGUCUCUUAUUUUUUUCCUGAGCUGUAUAUCUGUGAGGCCUUUUGCAAUAAAUGUGAAUGUGAUUUCUGCCAGAAUCUCUUUUUUUUUACAUGAAUGGGCAGUUCUAGACAGAUGCCUCUGGUCCUGAUCUUUCCCACACACUGUGCUGUCCACUGUGAGUGAUAAUGCGUUAUAUGAAGUAUUUCUGUUACAUAUGUAACACUGUAGACAGAGGAAUGUUAAAUGCCUGCACACGUUUAGAAAAAAAAAACAACCCUUCCUUCUGAAAUCUAGUAUCAUUUUUUUGUUUUUUUGUUUGAUGGGUUGAUGGGGAAGGCCAAACUUGACCUUUCAUAGACUAAAUUACUCGUAUAACUAGAUAUAACUAGACCUCUAGAAACCAAAACAUCUGAUACAGCAUAAAAUAAAACAAUUGUGAUAUGUUUUCUGUUACUCCCCUGCCUAUGUGGAUUUUAACACUGUAAAAUUAAAUACUGCUUAUUUUACGCGAGAACUAAAAUGCGCUUUUGUCUGUGCUGUUCUCGUUUUUUUAUAGAUAACUAUGCCAUGCA